AUGAACACUUUUCUGGCAAUUUUGUAUUUUUUCCAGAAGCAACAGAGACAGCGUGAUGCCAAAUUGGUGGAAGAAAAAGCCGUAAAGAUCAAGGAAUGGGUAGCGCGAAAACUGGAGCAGUUAGAGGAAGAAAAGCAAGCUUUAGUAUUAGAAAAUAGCAUACUUGGAGAACAGGUACAUAUUCUUCAGAACCGAUAUACAUGCCGACCUUCAAGUCAAGUACAUUCUAUGUAUAGGGACAGUUUGCAGGCAGAAUCUCGCCCUGUCUCCUACGCAACCGGCACCACCCCUCCUCCUGAUGAUCUGAAACGGAGAUCCUUAUCCCCGACCUUGGACCCGCUGAGUGACCCUGGCCACCAUGGAAUGUCGGAGAGCAGCAGCAGUCCAGAAGGGGAGUUGACGUCGCAGAUAUCGGAGGGUGACAGUGAGAACAGUGUUAGUGAGAUUGACCACAGCGUGGGAGGGUACCACGAGGUUGAUCAGAACCAUGAGAGUAUCUACGAGCCAAAGCGUGUGUUCCCACCACAGAUUAAGAUAGAACGGAAGUUCUUCUCGGAACUGCAGCAGCUCGAGUCUCUCAUAAGUUCCAACGGCAGCGAGGAGAUCCUGGAACGUCAGAAAUCCUCAUCUGUGAAGAACGGUAAGGAAGUCAAGGAUCAUGAAUUGCCAUCUUCCAAGUCUUCCUUCCUGACUACACCCGUGAGCCUGACUCCAAAGUCUCCCACGACUCCUGCAGCACAAUAUGUUCCUUUUGCUCCACCCACUUCCCCGAACGGUAUGUUCGCUCCACCUCACAAUUUGCACUAUGUCUCGGCUGUGGCCACCCUACCCCGAAGCAAGUGCCGUUCCCCUUCAAUAAAAUCGCCCGAGGAGAUCUACUCUCAGGUCCCGAAGAGAGAGAUUCGUAUCUCAACAUCUGAUAUACAAAAAGCACAUGAAUAUGAUGACUGGCCAACAUCCCCCUUGGACAGGGACCCUCCUCCAAUCCCACCUGCAUCAGCCACGCCUACUUCAUGCAGGACGGAACCUCUCUAUGAAGAAGUGUGGAAGGGCGCCAAACAUAAAAACAGAAAAACCUCAUCUCCAGACAAAAAAUCAUCGGCCAAUGUUCCUACGACAUUUCCGUCAGACUUCCCAACAUGCAAUGAUUUGUACAAGGAGGUCACCGUACCUGUGUAUGCAACAUUAAAAGGGAAAGCAGCACAGAUUCGGAAAUCUCCAUUCCUGGGUGACACAACCUCUGAUUCUUCAGACGACGAUAUGUGUAACGGUCUUGACAGUAGCCAUUCAGAAGCGAUACAAACUAUUACCAGCCCUGUGAGUGGCCGAACAUUCAGCUCCCUGUCCGCACGCAAGGUACCCAUUAAUCAAAGCAGCUCAGGAGCCAUAAAGAGAGGUGUUUCGUGCCAUUCUGAACUCUCCGAAAUCUCCUGUGAUUAUGCCGUGCCACCCGAUGACGUGUCCAGCAAAAGCGAUUCGGAGUGCUCAGAACCAGAGCAGAAAAUUUUAAAAUAUGCCACAGACAGUCGUAAACACGAUACACUGGAAAAAUGUGGUUACCUUUCGAAGUUAGGUGGGAAAGUAAAAAUGUGGAAAAGAAAAUGGUUUGUUCUCAGGAAUGGAGCAUUGUAUUACUAUAAAUCUCAGCAUGACGUGUUGAGGAAACCUCAGGGACACAUUAAACUGGAUAUGCAGACCAAGAUUAAUAAGUCACAAGGCGAACUGACUUUUGAGGUCACCAAUCCCAAGAAAACUUAUUAUUUGACUGCAGACUCAGCCGCUGAAGUUGACAGAUGGGUCAGAUUGGUCAACAAAGUGGUAAAAAGGCAGGCCAGCAGUUAUCUCUUAGACCAAGUGGACUCCAAAGCUGUUGUCCGAGGCUGGCUUACAAAAGUAAGUGCAAGUAAUGAUUUUUUUAUUUGUCUAUUGUUCAUUUUUCUUUAUUUUUCACUUUCUUUUAUUAAUAAUUUCUCUCCCUUCCUUUUACCGUUCUCUUACCAAGUUCUCUCUUUUCUCUCCUUGCCCAGUUCUCUCUUUUCUUUUCUUGCCCAGUCCUCUCUUUUCUCUCCUUGCCCACUUCCCCCUUUUCUUUUCUUGCCCAGUUCUCUCUUUUCUCUCCUUGCCCAGUUCUCUCUUUUCUUUUCUUGCCCAGUUCUCUCUUUUCUCUCCUUGCCCAGUUCUCUCUUUUUUUUCAAGCCCACUUCUCCAUUUUCUUUUCUUGCCCAGUUCUCUCUUUUCCCUACUUGCACAGUUCUCUCUUUUCCCUACUUGCCCAGUUCUCUCUUUUCCCUACUUGCCCAGUUCUCUCUUUUCCCUACUUGCCCAGUUCUCUCUUUUCCCUACUUGCCCAGUUCUCUCUUUUCCCUACUUGCCCACUCUCUUUUCCCUACCCAGUUCUCUCUUUUUCCCUACUUGCCCAGUUCUCUCUUUUCCCCUCCUUGCCCAGUUCUCCCUUUUCUCUUUCUUGCCCAUUUCUUUUCCCCAUUUUCCCCUUUUCUUUUCCCAGUCCUCUCUUUUCUCUUCUUGCCCACUUCUCCCUUUUUUUUUCUUGCCCAGUUCUCUCUUUUCUCUCCUUGCCCAGUUCUCUCUUUUCUCUCCUUGCCCAGUUCUCUCUUUUCUCUCCUUGCACAGUUCUCUCUUUUCUCUCCUUGCACAGUUCUCUCUUUUCUCUCCUUGCCCAGUUCUCUCUUUUCUUUUCUUGCCCAGUCCUCUCUUUUCUCUCCUUGCCCACUUCUCCCUUUUCUUUUCUUGCCCAGUUCUCCCUUUUAUUUUCUUGCCCAGUUCUCUCUUUUCUCUCCUUGCCCAGUUCUCUCUUUUCUUUUCUUGCCCAGUUCUUUCUUUUCUCUCCUUGCCCAGUUCUCUCUUUUCUCUCCUUGCCCAGUUCUCUCUUUUCUCUCCUUGCCCAGUUCUCUCUUUUCUUUUCUUGCCCAGUUCUCUAUUUUCUUUUCUUGCCCAGUUCUCUCUUUUCUCCUUGCUCUCUUUUUCUCUCCUUGCCCAGUUCUCUCUUUUCUCUCCUUGCCCAGUCCUCUCUUUUCUCUCCUUGCCCAGUCCUCUCUUUUCUCUCCUUGCCCAGUUCUCUCUUUUCUCUCCUUGCCCAGUUCUCCCUUUUCUCUCCUUGCCCAGUUGUCCCUUUUCUCUCCUUGCCCAGUUGUCCCUUUCCUCUCCUUGCCCAGUUCUCUCUUUCCUCUCCUUGCCCAGUUCUCUCUUUCCUCUCCUUGCCCAGUUCACUCUUUUCUUUUCUUGCCCAGUUCUCUCUUUUCUCUCCUUGCCCAGUUCUCUCUUUUCUUUUCUUGCCCAGUUCUCUCUUUUCUCUCCUUGCCCAGUUCUCUCUUUUUUUUCUUGCCCACUUCUCCAUUUUCUUUUCUUGCCCAGUUCUCUCUUUUCCCUACUUGCACAGUUCUCUCUUUUCCCUACUUGCCCAGUUCUCUCUUUUCCCUACUUGCCCAGUUCUCUCUUUUCCCUACUUGCCCAGUUGUCUCUUUUUUUACUUGCCAAGUUCUCUCUUUUUCCCCUACUUGCCCAGUCCUCUCUUUUCUCUCCUUGCCCAGUUCUCCCUUUUCUUUUCUUGCCCAGUUCUCUCUUUUUCUCUCCUUGCCCAGUCCUCUCUUUUCUCUCCUUGAACAGUCCUCUCUUUUUUCUCUCCUUGCCCAGUUCUCUCUUUUCUUUUUCUUGCCCAGUUCUUUUCUUUUCUCUCCUUGCCCAGUUCUCUCUUUUUUUUUCUGCCCAGUUCUCUCUUUUCUCUCCUUGCCCAGUUCUCUCUUUUCUCUCCUUGCCCAGUUCUCUCUUUUCUCUCCUUGCCUAGUUCUCUUUUUCUUUUCUUGCCCAGUUCUUUCUUUUCUCUCCUUGCCCAGUUCUCUCUUUUCUCUCCUUGCCCAGUUCUCCUUUUCUCUUGCCCUUCUCUCUUUUCUCCCUUGCCCAGUUCUCUCUUUUCUCUCCUUGCCCAGUUCUCUUUUUUCUCUCCUUGCCCAGUUCUCUCUUUUCUCUCCUUGCCCAGUUCUCUCUUUUCUUUUCUUGCCCAGUUCUCUCUUUUCUUUUCUUGCCCAGUUCUCUCUUUUUUUUCUUGCCCAGUUCUCUCUUUUCUCUCCUUGCCCAGUUCUCUCUUUUUUUCUUUCUUGCCCAGUUCUUUCUUUUUCUCUCCUUGCCCAGUUCUUUCUUUUCUCUCCUUUCUUGCUCUCUUUUCUUUUCUUGCCCAGUUCUCCUUUCUUUUCUUGCCCAGUUCUCUCUUUUCUCUCCUUGCCCAGUUCUCUCUUUUCUCUCCUUGCCCAGUUCUCCCUUUUCUUUUCUUGCCCAGUUCUCUCUUUUCUCUCCUUGCCCAGUUCUCUCUUUUCACUCCUUGCCCAGUUGUCCCUUUUCUCUCCUUGCCCAGUUGUCCCUUUUCUCUCCUUGCCCAGUUCUCUCUUUUCUCUCCUUGCCCAGUUCUCUCUUUUCUCUCCUUGCCCAGUUCUCUCUUUUCUUUUCUUGCCCAGUUCACUCUUUUCUUUUCUUGCCCAGUUCUCUCUUUUCUUUUCUUGCCCAGUUCUCUCUUUUCUCUCCUUGCCCAGUCCUCUCUUUUCGCUCCUUGCCCACUUCUGCCUUUUCUCUCCUUGCCCAGUUCUCUCUUUUCUUUUCUUGCCCAGUUCUCUCUUUUCUUUUCUUGCCCAGUUCUCUCUUUUCUCUCCUUGCCCAGUUCUCUCUUUUCUCUCCUUGCCCAGUUCUCUCUUUUCUCUCCUUGCCCAGUUCUCUCUUUUCUUUUCUUGCCCAGUUCUUCCUUUUCUCUCCUUGCCCAGUCCUCUCUUUUCUCUCCUUGCCCACUUCUCCCUUUUCUUUUCUUGCCCAGUUCUCUCUUUUCUUUUCUUGCCCAGUUCUCCCUUUUCUUUUCUUGCCCAGUUCUCCCUUUUCUUUUCUUGCCCAUUCUCCUUUUUCUUUUCUUUCUUGCCCAGUCCUCUUUUUUCUCUCCUUGCCCACUUCUCCCUUUUCUUUUCUUGCCCAGUUCUCUCUCUUUUCUCUCCUUGCCCACUUCUCCCUUUUCUUUUCUUGCCCAGUUCUCUUUUUCUUUUCUUGCCCAGUUCUCUCUUUUCUCUCCUUGCCCAGUUCUCUCUUUUCUUUUUUCUUGCCCAGUUCUUUCUUUUCUCUCUUUUCUCUCUUUUUUUUUGCCCAGUUCUUUCUUUCUCCCCUUGCCCACUUCUCCUUUUUUCUUUUUUCUUGCCCAGUUCUCUCUUUUCUCUCCUUGCCCACUUCUCUCUUUUCUCUCCUUUGCCCAGUUCUCUCUUUUCUUUUCUUGCCCAGUUCUCUUCUUUUCUCUCCUUGCCCAGUCCUCUCUUUUCUCUUCUUGCCAGUUCUCUUUUUCUUUUCUUGCCCAGUUCUUUCUUUUCUCUCCUUGCCCAGUUCUCUCUUUUUUUUUCUCCUUGCUCAGUUCUUUCUUUUCUCUCCUUGCCCAGUUCUCUCUUUUUCUUUUCUUGCCCAGUUCUCUCUUUUCUCUCCUUGCCCAGUUCUCCUUUUCUUUUUCUUUUUCUUUUUCUCUCCUUGCCCACUUCUCUCUUUUCUCUCCUUGCCCAGUUUUCUCUUUUUCUCUCCUUGCCCAGUUCUCUCUUUUCUUUCCUUGCCCAGUUCUCUCUUUUCUUUUCUUGCCCAGUUUUCUUUUUUCUUUUGCCCAGUUCUCUUUUUCUCUCCUUGCCUAGUUCUCUCUUUUCUCCCUUGCCCAUUUUCUCCCUUUUCUCUUUUCUUGCCCAGUUCUCUCUUUUUCUUUUCUUGCCCAGUUCUCUCUUUUCUCUCCUUGCCCAGUUCUCUCUUUUCUCUCCUUGCCCAGUUCUCUCUUUUCUCUCCUUGCCCAGUUCUUUCUUUUCUCUCCUUGCCCAGUUCUCUCUUUUCUUUUCUUGCCCAGUUCUUUUCUUUCUUGCCCACUUCUCCCUUUUCUUUUCUUGCUUUUCUUUUCUUGCCCAGUUCUCUCUUUUCUCUCCUUGCCCAGUUCUUCUCCUUUCUCUUUUCUCCUUGCCCAGUUCUCUCUUUUCUCCUUGCCCAGUUCUUUUUCUCUCCUUGCCCAGUUCUCUCUUUUCUCUCCUUGCCCAGUUCUUUUUUCUCUCCUUGCUUUUUCUUUUCUCUCCUUGCCCAGUUCUUUCUUUUCUCUCCUUGCCCAGUCCUCUUUUUCUCCUUGCCCAGUUCUCUCUUUUCUUUUUCUUGCCCAGUUCUCUCUUUCUCUCCUUGCCCAGUCCUCUCUUUUUCUCUCCUUGCCCAGUUCUCCUUUUCUUUUCUUGCCCAGUUCUCUCUUUUCUCUCCUUGCCCAGUUCUUUUUUUCUCUCCUUGCCCAGUUCUCUCUUUUCUCCUUGCCCAGUUCUCUUUUCUCUUUUCUUGCCCAGUUCUCUCUUUUCUCUCCUUGCCCAGUUCUCUCUUUUCUCUUCUUGCCCAGUUCUCUUUGCCCAAGUUUUCUUUUUUCUCUCCUUGCCCAGUUCUCUCUUUUCUCUUCUUUUUCUUCUCUUUCUCUCCUCUUUCUCUUUUCUUUUCUUGCCCAGUUCUCUCUUUUCUCUCCUUGCCCAGUUCUCUUUUUCUCUCCUUGCCUUCUCUCUUUUCUCUCCUUGCCCACUUCUCCCUUUUCUUUUCUUGCCCAGUUCUCUCUUUUCUUUUCUUGCCCAGUUCUCUCUUUUCUCUCCUUGCCCAGUUCUCUCUUUUCUCUCCUUGCCCAGUCCUCUCUUUUCUCUCCUUGCACAGUCCUCUCUUUUCUCUCCUUGCCCAGUUCUCUCUUUUCUUUUCUUGCCCAGUUCUUUCUUUUCUCUCCUUGCCCAGUUCUCUCUUUUCUUUUCUUGCCCAGUUCUCUCUUUUCUCUCCUUGCCCAGUUCUCUCUUUUCUCUCCUUGCCCAGUUCUCUCUUUUCUCUCCUUGCCCAGUUCUCUCUUUUCUUUUCUUGCCCAGUUCUUUCUUUUCUCUCCUUGCCCAGUUCUCUCUUUUCUUUUCUUGCCCACUUCUCUCUAUUCUUUUUUUGACCAGAUCACUCUUUUCCUUUCCUGCCCAGUUUCUCUCUCUCUCACUUUCUUACUGA